CUCCCAUCGCUACGUUUCGACUGCACUUUUCCCAGUGGCAACGCCGCGUCAGUUGGUAUAUCAAAACCGCAAACCAACCUUUUUGUUGUAUUGUGCGUUGUUUUCUGCGACGGAGGCGAGAAAUUUAAACAAUUAGCUUUCUGAGCGCUGAGAUACAAACGCUUAUUGCGUAUACGUAGAAGGUUCGUCGAAGGAGCGACAGAAAGAAACCCAUUCAGGGUACCGAGUUCCAGGGACAAUUGUUGGCACGCAGACGUCUGCAGAAGAACCCACAGAAACAUACCCCAUUCAGCGUUCCACCGAGCGGACGAAUCGCGUUUAAUCCGUUAAAAUGAUGAACGAGGCGGCACUUGCCAACAUGAUUCCCUACGACACCAUCGGAUUGUACGAACAGCCCAAGCCGCGCUUCAUUUUCAAGAUGCCUCGCGUGGUCCCGGACCAAAAGUCCAAGUUCGAGAGCGAUGAGCUCUUCCGGAGGCUCAGUCGGGAGAGCGAGGUUCGCUACACGGGCUACCGGGAGCGGAGCAUCGAGGAGCGGCAGGUGCGCUUCAUGAACGGAUGUCGCGAGGGACACACGGAGGCCAGCUUCGUGGCCUCCGGCACCAAUCUGCAGCUGGUAUUCAACGCCAACCAGAACCCGUACCUGCACGACAAGGAGUGCGACUUUGACAAAGAGCACGGCAAGGUGCACAUCAAGUCCUACUUUAUCAUGAACGGCGUUUGUGUCCGGUUCCGUGGUUGGAUAGAUUUGGAACGACUAGACGGUGUGGGCUGUCUGGAGUAUGAUGAGCGGCGGGCGAUGCACGAGGAUGCCAUUCUGCGGGAUCAGAUCGACCGCUACAACCAGCGACUGCGUGAGUUCGAGGACACCAAGCGAGCCUAUCGUGACAAUCGACAGGACGAGAUGGAGGCGGUGCGGAGGGGCGUGGCCUCCGGAGGCAUUGGCGUCGGCGCCAGCAUGUGGCGUCGUUAGUUGGACCUGUGGACGGCUCCAGGGCCGUCCCAUCCGCAGCUGCCGCUCCAGCAGCAGCAGACGCAUCACCAGCAGUUAGAGACUCAAUUCGCGAAUACUCAAUAUUUCAUGGACAACUGAGAAUGCUCCAAACCCCUUAAAUGGGCCUUCACUUGCGAGAUUUCAAUACGAUUACGUUAGACACGCUCGAAUAAUUAUGCUCCUAGAUUAGUGUUAGAUGUAAUGCUUACUUUACGUAUGCUUUUAUGGUAUUAUACUUACAACUUAGUGUGGAAUUAGUGUCGUAUCUUUAACUAAAAUACAUAAUUACUAAUCGA